AAUACGUACAAAUCAGGAAGAAAAUAAAACUAGUUAUAACGUUUAGUAGGUCAAAACAUGAAUCGAAUCGUUCAGUGUAGUUCUCAGGAAUCAAAUAGUGAGACGUAUACAUUUACAACGAACAAAAGUCUGGCUGAUUUUGGUUUAAAGUCCAGUUUUAAUCGUAGUGAGAAGCUACAUGUACGAGGUUUGGAAGAAAAGCGAGGCGUUUUCAAUUAUGAAAGUAAAACAAACAUUUCCAAAAAUGGAGAUAUUGAGUCGGGUAUACAAAACCAAGGACAACAGCAUCAAACAGGGAUGGUCGGUAAUCGAGGAUUAUUCGCGCAUACUAAUGAACAUACAAAUGAACGAACUGAAGAAAAACAACCAUUUAUGUUCACAAAAAAACAAAUUGGUGACAGGAACGAAAGGAGAAGUACACGUGCAAAAUUUAGAUCUUACUCGAAAUUGACAAUUCGGAAACAAUCUUUUAUUGGUUGGACAUCAGAAUGUAUGUUACAAAUAAGGCAGUUUGCGAUGGCUGGUUUCUUUUACAAAGGAUUUGCUGACAUCGUGGCUUGUUUUGAGUGUGGUCUUGUACAUAGACAAUGGCAGAAAGACGAUGAUCCUGUCAAAAUACAUAUUCAGUUGCAACCUGACUGUCCAUAUAUAAUGGAUCUGGUAGCAGAAGGUAUUCAGUCAUGUGAAGACCUUACAAGUUUUGAAUCAAAUAGUUGUGAAGAGGAUAUGGAAAUGAAUGAUGAAUGUACAGGAAGAAAUAAAGUAGUUACAGCGACUGCAUCUAUUAGUUCACAAGACUCAACAACCGAUGAAAGACUUUUGUGCAAAAUUUGCCUGACGAAUCCAUUGCAGAUAACAAAUCAACCAUGUGGGCAUUUCGCCAUGUGUGAAUCCUGUUAUACUCGUAUUAGAUAUGAAAACAACCGAUGUCCUAUUUGCAGAUGUUCAAUCAAAAGUACCAUUCGAACAUUCGUUCCAUAAGAACAUUUCAGCAAAUGGAAGAUAUUUUAAAACUUCAUUGCAAGAUAAAAGCAAACAGAAACAGUAAAUCGUAUACUGAGCUUUUAAACGCUUAUGUCGAAAAUGAUUUGUAUGUCUGGUGUGCCAAAACAAUAUAUUUGUAAAUGAACUAUACUAUUAGCAAUGUUUAAAACAUAACAACUAAAAGAUUGAUUUGUGGGUUCUGUCUAAUAAACUGUUUGUUUGUUAAAGUAGGAUCUUAUAUAUGUCAUAACACAAUUUUUUAAAGAGUAGAAAUA